AAUUCUCUCUCUUCCUGACAAAAAAUUAAACAAAGAAAAAAAAAAAAUCACUCUCCAUUCUUAUAAUGCUCUGCUCCCACGUUUCAAGAUUCAAUUUGUAUUUUCCAUUUGAAUCAUCUCAUUCAGAGUAGAAUAGGAAGAAAAGGAUUCGCCACUACUGGUUCAUCACCAACGGAAAAGAUGGUAGAUCGAAAUUGGAUCAGUUUCUUUCUGGUGCUUUCAUGUCUUGUUCAAGUUUUAGAUGCCAGCAUUGGUGAUGCUGAUCCAGUUUACAGGUCAUGUGUUCAACAAUGUGAAAAAACAGGAUGUGUGGGACAAAGAUGUUUUCCACACUGCAAAUUUUCUUCAGAUGGUGUCUCAAUUGAUGGUCCAUGGUACAUGCAAGAACCUCUUUAUUUACAGUGGAAACAAUGGGAUUGUGAAAGUGAUUGUCGUUACCAUUGUAUGCUAGAUAGAGAAAAGGAAAGAGAAGCACUAGGUUAUGGUCCUGUCAAGUACCAUGGUAAAUGGCCCUUUAAGCGUGUGUAUGGAAUUCAGGAGCCUGUGUCUGUUGCUUUCUCUGCACUGAACCUUGCAAUGCAUUUCCAUGGUUGGCUAUCCUUUUUCAUUCUGCUGUACUAUAAACUGCCUCUAAAGCAAGAUAAGAAGGCAUACUAUGAAUAUGCCACUUUGUGGCAUAUCUAUGGCCUCUUAUCAAUGAACUCCUGGUUCUGGAGUGCUGUUUUCCAUAGCAGAGAUGUGGACCUGACAGAGAAGUUGGAUUACUCUUCGGCUGUGGCAUUACUGGGUUUCUCACUCAUUCUUGCUGUGCUAAGAAGUUUUGAUGUGAGGCUUGAAGCAGCAAGGGUCAUGGUUGCUGCUCCACUGCUUGCAUUUGUGACAACUCAUAUAUUGUUCCUCAACUUUUAUAAGCUAGACUAUGGGUGGAACAUGAUAGUUUGUGUCAUCAUGGCAGUGGCUCAGCUUCUCAUUUGGGCGAUUUGGGCCGGUGUCAGCCGCCAUCCUUCUCGCUGGAAGUUGUGGGUUGUCGUCGUGGGAGGUGGCCUUGCAAUGCUCCUUGAAAUCUACGACUUUCCUCCAUAUAAAGGAUUUGUGGAUGCUCAUGCUCUCUGGCAUGCCACCACCAUCCCUCUUACCUACAUUUGGUGGAGUUUCAUCAGAGAUGAUACAGAGUUAGGAACCUCUAACCUCCUUAAAAAGGCAAAGUAGCUUAUCAAACAAUUUGAUAUGUAAAACCACCUUCCCUGUUCUUGAGCUUGACAAGAAAUUAAAGUUUACUAGUUCUCAAGAUUUGCAUUUUUUUUCUCCUGUAAUAUUUGUUUUUUUUUUUUCCUGUUUAAACUUUGAAGGAUGGAAGCUACUUAGUUUGAUAUUCAAUUUGAAUGAAACAUUUUUGUGGUGAGAUUAGAUUGUGAAAUGAAACUGAGAAUUGCGGCUGCUUACUGAA